AUGCGACAAGACCAUCAACAAAUUGUUGAACUUCUAUCUUCUGCAUACCGCAAUAACGUAUUGGAUUUGCUCUCAAGGGGACCCCUUCUUACCCAGAGAGCCUUGUCUUACGACGCCGAUGUCAGUAUCAUCGAAAUUGAUGAGGCCGGCCCUUCAGCAUCAACUAACUUCGGGCUUCCCUUACGAGACCAUCCCGCCAACAGGCUCACGAGGGUUUCCACCAUUGCCCUUGUUGCUGGCGGUGGCGAUGAAUUCACUUUCUUAGACCAUGGUGCGCGGAUCGAUCCCUGUAUUCUGAGUGACUCGAGAUGGCCAUCAAUAUCCAAUUUCUUGUUGGAUUCCCACCGGAUACAGCUCCUGCAUCACUGUAUCAAAAACGGAUUGAUCGAUGAUAUGAGGAACCACGAGGAAUCCAUCGACAGGCUAUUGAUUGAACCAGUCAGUUCAAGUGCCGAUCUUGACGAGAGUGACUGGUGGGCUAAGGGUGCCAACCCUCAUCUCAGCUUGUUGCAAAACACAUAUGAGGGAGUCAAGAGUGCGGUAGUAGCAAUCGUUCUCUUAGAAUCGAUCUCAGUUGCCAGAUUUCUCGCCAGCUUCGCCCCUUCUUGGGACAACCACCCGAUUGAAUUCCUACUACGCGCAUACUACGGAUAUGACUGGCUUCGCCUGAUGCUAUUCGUCCCCCCGAUGGCCUCAUCUGGAUCCACGAAGAUGAUGGAUGUGCUAUUAGACGCCCGGAUAGACAUCGCCAAAGACACGGAAGAGAUUGGCUUCCAAUUUGGACGACGAACCCGCGACACCAUGACAGAAGGAUGGCUGAUAGACCCAAAGGGACUUACAGGCGUGGAUGCCGUGUAUGUUUAUGUUCUCUCUGUUGAUUGCACCAAGGCUACAGAGCCUGGGACUCUGUCAGCAUCACAGGGACUGCAGUAUCUGUUUCAGAAGGGCGCCUCUCUGGGGGACACAGUCUUCUGGAGGCGUGAAGACUUGUCCGAGGGCUGUAUCCGUCCCUUGUAUUGGUAUGCCUGGAGAAAAUGGGACUGUGAGAGCGCGCUGCUCCACGAUGAGGCAUUCUCAAUGCUGAAAAUCCUGCUAAGGAAAGUUGCAGUUAAAUCGAUGCUCAAACACUACCUCACAGUAUGCAAAUGCACCUGUUCUACAACCGAGUCUGCUCCAACCUUGAGCCAACGACGAGUUAUCCUGGCACGGUGGGCAGCGCUGGUGGAUUUAAUGACCACAGGCUUUCACCCCCACGAUGCUUCCAGGCUGACUCGCAUGCUCUCCCAUCUUUUUCAGUCAGUAGUGAGGAACGCACUUGAUUUGGACCUUGAUUCGCCUUAA